AUUCAAAAUAAAUUUUAAAUCAGGAUACGGAUUAUUCAAGUUGGAUAGAGUUAACCAGCAGCUCGACUUAACUAGUUAAUAUCUCGAGCCGAGUGGAGAACCAGCUAGCCAAAAAAAUAAUAAUAAUAAUAAUUCAGUCAUUAAUUCAUGUCUAUUCUACCCAGAAAUCAUUCGUAACAGAAACGAAAAAAUGUUGAAGCUUCACCCCUUCCAAACAUCACAAACCAUCACCAAACUACAAUUUCAAACCAUAUCAUCUACUUCCAAAGCGUCGCAUUGUCAAAAGCACAAACCAUCUUCAAAGCGUCGCAAACCCAAACCCAUACCAUUUCUCGCCGAUCUCAAGCAACUGCAUGACCCAGACGAAGCCUUUUCUCUCUUCACACAGUACACCCGAAAAGGCGUCAAACACGACUAUCCUUCAUACGCCUCUCUCCUCUACAAGCUUGCUCGCUCCCGAAGGUUUGAACUCGUCGACCCACUUCUUGAUUUCAUCAAAAAUCGUGGUAUUCGUUGCCGGGAAUCACUGUUUAUUGCAUUGAUUCAGCAUUAUGGUAAAUGUCAAUUGGUUGAGAAAGCAUUUGAAUUGUUUAAUCAAAUGCCCAACUUUAAUUGUGAACGAAAUUUGCAGUCUUUUAAUGUUUUGCUUAAUGUGCUUAUUGAUAAUGAUCGAUUUUCUGAUGCAAAUGAUUUGUUUUUGAGGUGUAAAGAACUGGGUUUUCAGCCGAAUUCGGUUUCGUUUAACAUAAUGAUGAAGGGUUGGUUGGUGAAGGGAGAGUUGGAGAAUGCGUGUAAGGUGUUUGAUGAAAUGCUUGAGAGAGAGGUGCAGCCUACUAUUGUGACUUAUAAUAGUUUGAUUGGGUUUUUGUGUAAGAAGGGUGAGGUGGGUAAGGGUAUGAAGUUGCUUGAUGAUAUGAUUGGGAAAGGAACACACCCGAAUGCGGUCACUUUUGUGCUUUUGAUGAAAGGUUUGUGUUCCUUGGGGAAGUAUGAUGAGGCCAAGAAGGUGAUGUUUGAUAUGGAGUACCAAGGGUGCAAACCCCGGCUUGAUAAUUUUGGGGUUUUGAUGACUGAUCUUGCGCAAAGAGGGAAGCUUGAUGAAGCUAAAUCUUUGCUCAAUGAGAUGAAGAAGAAGAAGCUAAAUCCAGAUGUUGUGAUAUAUAACAUAUUGGUGAACUUUUUGUGUAAAGAAGGGAGAACCGAGGAGGCUUAUAAGGUUCUUGUUGAUAUGCAAAUUAAAGGAUGUAAGCCUAAUGCAGCUACUUAUAGGAUGUUGGUUGAUGGGUUUUGUCGAGUUGAUGAGUAUGAGAGGAGCUUGAGUAUCCUACAUGCUAUGCUGAUGAGCCACCAUUGUCCUCGCUUGGAAAGUUUUCAUAAUAUAGUUACAGGCUUGCUAAAGGGCGGAAAGAUGGAUGAUGCUUGCUUUGUGUUAGAUGUAAUGGAGAAGAAGAAUAUGAGAUUUCAAACUGCAAAAUGGGAAUCUCUUGUUGUGGAGCUCUGUGGUGAUGGUGAUCAAACUACUGUUGAACUUAGUCUUCGGCCCAGAAAAGUUUACAGGAAUCUAAAAGAAUUGGCAGAAUUGUGAUGUUCAGCCCAUCAACGAUUCACGCUAGAUCCGAGCUCAGCUCGAAUCCUGGAUGAAGUGACUGCAUCCGUCCCCGAGGCUAACGCCCCAGUUGCUGAUGAAGCUCCAGAAAUUGCCCCAGGAGUCGGGGUUUCUGGCGGAGUCUCUGCCCCUGGAGGAGGGGCUACCAGUGGAG